UUCCGCCCUGGUCGGACCACUUUCGAAAUCUGACCAUCUUUGUCAUUUUUGAGUUCGUGGAUAGUCGCCAAGAUGGGCAGCAUAUUCUCGAAAGCUAAGCCCGUGGCACCAGCAACAGUAGCCACGGACACAAUCAUUCCCUUGAACCCCAAUGAUGACUGUGCCUUGAACAGAGGCAUUGUCAUGGGCUUCAUGAUGCGCUUCGACGAUGUCUUGGACCCAGAAAGGCUGCGCUCGUCGCUUACGAAGCUAUUAGGCCGUUCUCAGAACAAGCUUGAGUACCAUAUCCCUGAGCUUUACGACCCGGAAAGGCCAGCUAUUGCGUACUCCCACUUCGACUACGGGCGCAGCAUCCAGGAUCAUCCAAUUGCUUCGCGGUUGCCGAAAGCGACUUUAAAGCCAACAGUGAUAGAGACUCCACCGGAAAGGUUCCAGGACUUAAUGCGAAGGCCAGACAGCCCCAAAUCGAUGCGAGACUACAUCUAUCGCGAUGAACCUCAGCUUGGUCUGCACAUCGAGUCCUUCAAUGACGCGACGCUUGUGAGUCUGACAUGGUUGCACACGUUAUUCGAUGGGAUCGGAAGGCAAGAACUUCUGAUCGCGUGGACUGCCACCCUCGAGGGCCGUGACAACGAUGUCAAACCCUUCCAUGGGGUUGACACAGAUCCCCUGGCAGAGCUGGGCAAGAACCCUACAGAGCCGUUCGUUUUGGCCGACCAGCAACUCUCAGUUUGGGGACUAAUCCAAUUCAUUCUGGGGUAUCUUUGGGAGAUCAUUCGUCAUCCUUCCGAAGAAACCCGCAUUGCUUGUAUACCGGCAGCGCACAUCGAAGCACUCAAGGAACAGGUCAAAGAAGAGUUGAGCGCACAAAAUGCCGGCCCAGACAAGUUAUUCGCCAGCGAGGGAGACAUCGUUACCGCCUUCAUCGGCCGCCUAUGGUCGCAGCAUCUCCCUGCAAACUGCAGCAAACCAGUUAUCCUCGGAAACGUCCUGAAUAUAUGUCCUGCGCUUGCUCGGGAUAUUCUCCCAGAGAAGACCGCGCUUUUAUCAAACGCCACAUCCCUGAUCAUAACCCGAAUCACCGCAAAGGACCUCCGGACAAAGCCACUGAGCUACACGGCUGCCGCGGUUCGACGAUCUAUCCAAGAGCAAGGGACCAGAGAGCAAAUUGAAGCUCGCAAAACACUAGAAGAGAAGCAUUCUGCAGUUAUGUUUGGUGACAAGAACAUGCAUCAGAUUCUACUUUCAAACUGGGGCAAAGCCAAGUUCUUCGAAACAGACUUCUCUGCCGCCGUAGUCAAGCCUGGGUGGACCUGUCUUGCUCAACCGCACAAACUUGGGAAGCCCUCGCUCGUUCUCAAUGCGAACUAUGUGCGCGGCUUCUCACUUAGAUUUGCGGGUCCGAUAAUUGGCAAGGACUUAGAUGGCAAUAUUUGGUGA